GGAGGUGAACUGAGGGCGUACUGGAGAUCCAGCGGGAGGAAGAAUCCGGAAGCGGUAACUAGAGGAAAACCAGAGGUGAGUAAUGGGAAUUGUAGUCCAGAUGGACUGUUUGAAGGUGGAACGAUGAGGAAGUUCAGGAUGAGCGUGGAGGGGAGAUGAGCCAGGGUGAUAUCCAGAAGAGACUUGUGAUAAUCAGAGUGGGUGAGUGGAACGGACGAGGUGGAUGAGUACGAGGCAGUGGAGAGAGAGCGUGACCGGUGGAGAGCGGGGCGGCUGGGCGGAGUAGAAAUCCAGGCAGCAAACCGGUGAAUAAUCCUUAUGACUCGGAGACGGGAGAGGAUCCAGCGAUGAAGCAAGUCUGUGGGUGAGUAUCCAAGCAGAAAACAAGUUCAGGUUAAAACGAGUUCCAAAAAUGUUUCAAAACAAGACGAGGUUCAAUAUCACUAAGAGGCUAGAGUCUACCAGGCAGUAGUUAAUCAUCCGGCGUCGAGUGAGGAUAAUCGUCCUCCUUUUAAAGCCGCCCCGCUGAUCAGGCUGAUGAGGAUCAGCUGCGCUCCCUCUCCUGCAGGCAAAAACUCAUCGAUGGUGAGAUGAUGGGCAGAGUAGUCACCCCGGCUCAUGACACACAUCAUGACACCUCACAUUCCAUCCACCUAGAUUCAUUCAUCACUUAAAGUGUCCUAGUUGUCAUGUUUUUAAUUGUUUAGAAAAUACAUUUCUUACCUUUUAUAAACCUGACUCUGUCUGAACUGGUACGAAGUGCUUUUGAUCACUGACAAAACGAAGAAUCCUAGAAUCUCCUGAUUAAACAUUCAAAGACGAAUAAGGUUGAUAUCCUCUAUUUAUAUAGAGUAUCACAGCUUAUUGGUCAUAAGUAAAGGUAAUAUAUUAAGCUUAAAAGCAACAAUAUUUACCCCGUCUACACAAUCAUGCAUUCAAGGAAUAUGCAACACAGGUAAAUGUGUGGGUAGCUACUCCAACAUUAGUGCCAAAAAAGGAGAGUACAUCGCUUCAGGGCGCUACCCACGCGUUUAGCUGUGUUACUCAUUCCAUCAAUGCCUGAUCCUUUCAAAUUAUACCUCAUUGUGAAGGUACUUAGUCAGGAUUUCCAAUAAAUUAAGUACAACUUAUAUAAUUUAGACGAUAACUGAUUGCCUUAAAAAAAUACUUCCACAUUUUUUUUAAAUUUAUUUAGCAGAGAAUGUACUCACAUGUCUCUAAAAAUAAAACAGUUAUAUUUAAGAACACUUGAUCAUAUAUUCCUCUAUUUUCCUUCAGAAAAACAAAUGAGUGGAGAUUAGAAAGGACUGUGGGAUAAAGCUUUAAGUAUUUACCUGCUUAUAUAACCCUCUCAGGCUCAAAAUAAGUUUUGAUAAGAGGACGAAUAACUCAGUCCUUCAGGGGUACUUCUGAGUUAAAAAAUGCUCAUGAAAUACGUAUGUGGAGUAGCCAGGUAGGUAGGUUUUAACUGUUGCAAACCUGCAACGCCUGCCUGCAGAGGGUUAAAUAUUCAUUCUGCUGAAAUCUAAGUGUCACUGGUGAGGCGAGGUUUAUUGCUCACCAGUCCAUGAUGGUUUACACAGCAACUCUCAGGCUGUCACCUGACACAGCGGGCAGCGUGCGUCCUUACAUUUUUAACAGCGUGUUAAUUGGAACGCCAUCACAAGCAGCUCACAUGUAAGACUCCUGCUGUGGAGAAGAUUCAGAAGGUUUUUAAGAGUUUGAGACAAAACGAUCCGUUUUCCUCCAGAUGAACAUGUUUCGUGCAUCAUUAAUUGAGAUAGACUUUGUGUUUUUGACAAAAGGAACACGAUACGUUCUCAUUUGGGUUCUGAUUUUUCCACCAAGUUCUUGCCACGAAAGAACCUUUGAGAUAAAGGGGCGUUUCAAAGCCGAGAUAGAAUUUCUUCACCGUUUAAUCAUGAAUUAUUCAGAACAGGAGGCUGCGGCUCACCUGGAGAGAGCAGCACAAGAUAAGGCUGUGUCCUAGAGGACAGGAGACAGAAAGAGGGAGAGCAAGGGACGAGGACGAAGCUGGAGGAGCAUGGAGGAGGUGGUGAGGAAACGACCAAUAAUCUCUGCAAAAGAACGAGGUCAGUGUGUGUAUGUGUGUGUUCACAUGGAUUGUAUUAAAGCCGAGCUGGUUUCACCAUGAAAUCUCUCACAGCAUCACAAAGUCGUUGCUCCACACUUGUUUGAGAUUCCUACUUUGUUUAGAAUUCGUUCCCAAACAACAGAGGAAGAAUUUAAAAUGCAUAACCAUAGAAAAUAAGUCAAAGAGCUCCAUAUGGAAGUGAUCAGAGACGAUGCAGCCGGAGCCACAGAGCGGUGGGUGUGCAGCACCGCUGCUCCGAGCUGAAUCUGUUGCAUCAUUUCCAUCACUGUCCUCCUCCUCCUCCCACUCUUACUCACUGUCAGGUCCUGGUCCUGGACGCUACGGUCUGCCCCCUACAGUCGGAUACAUGAACCAUGACUUCACCAAACCCAGCAGCCCUGCUUACUCCUUCCACAGCCGCAUGAGCAGCGCUAUGGUGUCUGUAGACUCCAGUCCCGGGCCAAAGUACCACGUUGGUGGCCAGGUGACUCGGUUUGGCCGAAUCGAGUCACCGUCCUACUCCAUUAAAGGCAGAGGAAGACGAAUUGUGAAUAAAGAAGAUCUGAAUCAAACUCCUGGACCAGGAUCCUACAGCCCAGAAAGAGCCCCACCACUCAACUCUCAAAGGCCUCCAUGCUACACAAUCGGGACCCGAACAAGAUACCGCUCUGCAGAUCCGGUACCUGGACCCAACCGGUACACACUUCCAGACCUGAUGGGCCCUCAGAUUCCACACAAACCCUCCAGCGCCAGUUACAGCUUCUCAGGCCGUAGGAAAGUUGGUGCUCCCUCUGAAGACCUCGCCAAGACACCUGGACCAGGACAGUACGGCAGCACCAACCCGGACAUCUACAGACAGCGACAGCCAUCUUUCAGCAUGCAAAGCCGAACUAAAAGGCUGAGCUAUUCCUCGACCGUUCCCGGACCGGGCGCCUACAGCCCGGAGAAGACUUACGGACAACUGCACAAGUCCCCUUCCUUCAGCAUGGGCAUCCGGCACUCUGAGUUUGUUGUUCCACUCAUGGUGCAUGCGAUAGAGUAA